AUGCCGUCCCAAGGACCUCCCCCGAGCGUUGGUGGUAAGGAUUUGUCUUCGUUCCUUCCCGAUGAGUCUGGAUCAGGUGGAGGCACCGCGAGCCUGCCCAACCCGGCCCAGAUGGCUUUGUUUCAGGAAAACCGGGAGCGGCAGGCCCGGAACGCGGCUAGGGCAGUACGUAGACAGGGCGGAGAAGAUGGCGUCAGUGAUGACGAGGAGCUGGGAAUGUUGGAUGGAUCAGAUGGCACAUCUCCGGGUCAGUUAGACUCCCAGGAACCGUCGGCAACGCCUGCGGGCGUGCCUUCGCGGCCCAGGACACCGGAGAGCACCGAUGAUAUGCAGUUGCUUCGGGAUGUUAUGAAAAUGACUCCGAAUACUCGGGGCAUCGCCCUAAAACUGUGGAAUGCGGGUGUUGAGAAGCGGAGCGGUGCUGGCACUCGGACAGAGGCCUCCGUAGGGAAUGGUGGCAAGAGCAGUGAGAAUGCACUGAUCACCAUAGAUUCCGAGAGCAAGGCCGAUCUCUUCGCGGGCCGAGUUAUCGAGACGCCCCAGGAACUUCCUGCACUCCUAAGGAACGGGUUCCAUCUCCCUCUGUCCAUGUGCACUUCCGAGGUGAUGACCAAGAUGCACAAGCACCCGGAACAGGUCCAGUAUCGCAAGAUGCACGAUGGGAAGGGGAUCAAGAGGGCUCUAAUUGACAUUGCACAGUGGCCCGACGAACAGGCUAUGGGACCCGAGGAAUGGCGCGAUGCUUGGCGCAAUUACUUCGAAAUUCUGCCAGGUGUAUGCGACGGCGAGAUUGUCAAGCGCUUCUCGGAACACCACAUGUGGUUAUCUGAGCAGAGCGACUUCAAAAGGAUCUUUCCGGUAAUCCUUGCAUUUGAUAUCAAUGUACGUCGCGGUUAUUUCCUCACAAAGAAAACCUUCGUUGUCGGCUCGAAGAGCUACAAUGACCACUUUCUCAAAAUCUGCCUGGAGCAUAUCGAAAAGGGUUCUCGAUGCGCGCUUCCUAUUCCCGCGGGCCCUAUUGUCGGUUCGUCUCAAACCCCCUAUCGCACGCCGUCACAUUCCCCCGAUUCACGUCGCCCGCGCCGCGAUGGUGCGGCAGAUUCCACUGCCAAGCCCUUUCGUGAAGGCAGAGCAUCUGCGUCCACGAGCAUGCUCUGCCUCAUCUGCGGUGAGAGUGGACAUCGGGCCAGUCACUGCUCGCCAUCUCCACACGUGCGGAGAUCUGCCUCACAUGGAACGUCCAACACGGCCGCAUGCCUUGUCGAGGUAUGUACUGUCCCGGAACCGGUGGGCACGUCUGCUCCUUCUGCGGUUCCGACGGUCAUGCCGCUGCGACUAAGCGGUGCCUCGGAGUGUGAACGCAUUAUCACACCAUACGAUGCUGAGGCCUUCAAGUACACUCUUCGCAUGCUCGGCCUGUUCCAGCGCUACCCUCUCUUGCCACAAAAAUUACGUUACGGUUUCCCAAUUGGUGACUUCAAUCCUCUUCUUCGCACUUUUGCUCCUCCAAACCAUUCCUCUGGCGCUAAACAUAUCGAUUUCAUCCACCAAUAUAUUUCCGAGCAGGUUUCUCUUGGCCGCAUGACUGGCCCGUAUUCGCAGGCUCAGGUAGAGCAUAUUUUGGGCUCUUUCUUCGUAUCUUCCCCACUUGCUGUUGUCCCAAAGGCCGGUUCGAAAAAAUUCCGUCUUGUGCAAAACUGCUCUUAUCAGGACGAAUUCGGAGUCUCCGUCAACAGUCAGAUCAACUCUGAUGAUUUUCCCACCAAAUGGGGCACUGCAGCCGAGGUGGCAGAAAUCAUCGCUAACGCACCUGCCGGUGCGCAAGCUGCGUGCCUCGAUAUUGACUCCGCAUUCCGCAAUCUGCCUAUCAAACCUGCGCACAAGCCUUUCCUUGUUAUCCAGUGUGAUCCGGGUGAUUUUUAUGUCGAUCACGUCCUCCCUUUUGGAGUCUCAUCUGGGACUGGCGUGCAAGGCGAGCCAAUGGAUGCCAUCGUAGACAUUCUCGAUGCAAAUGAUAUCGGGCCUUCGCGCAAGUGGGUUGAUGACCUCAUCACCUUUCGCUUUCCCACCAACCAAUGCAGCAUCUCUGGCGCAUAUGAGUACGCACUCGGAUUAGCUGAUAUCUUCCGCAUCACUGAUCCAUUGGGCGUCCCCUGGCAUCGGACCAAGUACUCCGACUAUGCAUCCUGUGCGAUAUACAGCGGUUUCCUGUGGGACCUUGGCCAGCAAUCGGUCGCCCUGCCCGAGGAGAAGCGCGCAAAAUAUCUGGCAAAACUCACUGCAUUCAUCGCCACUGUCGAGCGCGGGCGGGUGUUACAACGUGACACCAUGUCCAUCAAUGGCACACUUUCCCAUAUCACAUUCGUCUACCCGCAUGGCCGUGCCUUCCUCACUAAUCUUUGCAGUUUCAUUGCUGCCUUCACCAAUCGCUAUGCCCCCCGGUUCGCACCACGUUCUGUCCUCUCGGACAUGAAGUGGUGGCUCCACAUCCUCAACGUGCCAAACGUCACUCGUUCGCUCACACCCCGUGGUCCACUGCAGGAUCUUGGCAUCUGGGUUGAUGCCUCCUCCUCCUGGGGCAUCGGAAUCAUCAUAUCCAGUGAGUGGAGUGCAUGGCGAUGGCGGGGAGAGGCCGAUGCAUGGAAGGGUGAUGGUCGUGACAUCGGAUGGGCUGAGAUGGUGGCCGUCGAGCUCGCUGUUCGAACGAUAGAAGCACUCGGCCAUGGUGAUGCGACUAUUCUUGUUCGCGGCGACAACAAGGGCGUCGAGGGCGCAUUUGCUUGCAGUCGCAGCCGCAAUCAUCAGGUCAACACCUCCAUCCGUCGUACAGAGGUCAUCGCCAUGUCUCUCAAUAUUCUCUUCAUCAUACGCUAUGUGAACACCAAGGACAACUUGGCGGACUCGGUCUCUCGCGGUGACCCGAAUCCCUCGAUGUCCCAUCGUCAGCUCUCCUUCCAGCUCCCUGCUGAGCUCGCAGCCUUUCUCACUGAUACCUCCUCGGCAACUUUGGUACAUCUUUUUAAUGUCAUGCUCACUUCUCUUGACCCUGGCACUCGGAAGAAUUACGGUGCAGGGCUGCUGCGCUUUACCCAGUUUUGUGAUUGCCUUGCAAUCUCCGAAGACCUUCGCAUGCCUGCGGCGGAGCCGCUCCUAGCCGCUUUUGUUGUGCAGUGGAGCAGGCGCGUGACCCGCUCAACAGUGGACACCUGGGUGGCGGGCCUCUCUUUCUGGCAUGCACUGCAUGGCGCCCCAUGGCAAGGUGCAAAAAUGCUCCGGGUAACUUGUUCAGCUAUUUCCAAGUCUGCCCCAGCCUCGAAAGAGAAGCGGGCGCCCAUCACGGUCGAGCACCUGUAUGCAUUACGUGCCAACCUUGACCUCUCCGACUCGUUCGAUGCCGCGGUAUAUGCGGUAGCAUGUGUCGCAUUUUGGUGCUGUCGUCGGCUUGGCGAGCUGGUCAUUCCUUCUGUGGGCGCGUUCGACCCUGUGAAGCACGUCGCGCGCUCGGCUUCCGUUGCAUAUCGCACGCUACCGGGAGGCACGCAGUACGCUGUCUUCCAUGUGCCCUGGACCAAAACGACUAAGCAACUCGGCACCGACAUCAUUGCCACCGAAUUCGGCGACCCAAGCUCUGCCGUCGUUGCCCUGCGCCACCAUCUGCAGGCGAAUGCCCGUGUCCCUGCGCAUGCUCCCUUCUUCGCGUUCGAAAUGAGCGACACGGCGGGUUGGGCGCCGAUGACCCGCGACUGGUUCCUCAAUCGCGCCAAUGCGGCCUGGGCAGCAGCCGGCUUUGAGCACCUCACAGGACACUGCUUUCGCAUCGGAGGAGCGACCGAGCUUCUGCUUCGCGGUACCCAUCCGGAUGUGGUCGCAACGCAGGGUAGCUGGAAAUCACGCGCUUUUCUCGAGUAUUGGCGGAAAAUUGAGUCUAUUUUACCUCUCUUCAUCUCGCGGUCGUUUACUUCUUCUCGUUUGCAACUGGCUUCCACUGCUAUGGACUCUUUCAAGAAGAAGUACUCUCUGUAG